AAGAAAUCCCAUGGCUUCGAGACCGGGCAUUCUCACUGAAUGGCCGUGGCAGGGCCUUGGGAACUUCAAGUAUGUGAUAAUGGCCCCUUGGGUGGUGCAUGGCCUGCACAUGGUGGCGACCAAGGGUUGGAGGGAGACGGACUUGACCUUUCUUAGCAUCUUCGCCUCUUUGCUGCUGAGGAUUCUCCACAACCAGGUGUGGAUAAGCUUGGCUCGCUUCCAGAAUGCCCGGAGCAAUCACCGGAUUGUCGACAAGAGCAUUGAGUUCGAGCAGGUCGACAGGGAGAGAAACUGGGACGAUCAAAUCCUUUUCAACGGAUGGUUGCUCCAUUUGGGCCACACUUUCAUUCCGGGAGCGAGAAACCUUCCGUUGUGGAGAACGGACGGAGCCGUGAUUGCCGCUUUGCUCCACAUGGGCCCCGUGGAGUUCCUCUACUACUGGUUCCACAGGGCACUCCACCACCACUUCCUCUACUCUCGCUACCACUCCCACCACCAUGCCUCCAUCGUCACCGAGCCCAUCACAUCCGUCAUUCAUCCAUUCGCAGAGCAUGUGGCUUAUUCCCUGUUGUUUUCUAUUCCGAUGUUGGCGACAGCUUUUACUGGGACAGCUUCCGUUGUGGCAAUCGUGGGCUAUAUUGUAUAUAUUGAUUUCAUGAACAAUUUGGGGCACUGCAAUUUCGAGCUGGUUCCACAGUGGUUGUUCCGUGCCUUCCCUCCACUCAAGUACCUCAUGUACACGCCCUCGUUUCAUUCUCUUCAUCACACACAGUUUCGGACAAAUUAUUCUUUGUUCAUGCCAUUUUAUGACUACAUAUACAACACGGUAGACAGGUCGUCAGAUGAUCUAUAUGAGAGAAAACUGAAAGGAGAAGAGGAAACAUUGGAUGUUGUUCACCUUAGUCAUCUUACCGCGUUGCAAUCAAUUUAUCAUCUACGGCUUGGGUUUCCCUCCUUGGCUUCUAAACCAUACAAAUCCAAGUGGUAUAUGCUGGUGCUGUGGCCCAUCUCAUGGGUGUCCAUGGCACUGGCAUGGAUGUAUGGGUCAUCCUUCACGGUGGAGAGAAAUAGCUUGAAGAAACUAAAGAUGCAAACAUGGGUGAUACCGAGAUAUAAUUUCCAAUAUGGCUUAUCAUGGGAGAGACAGGCAAUCAAUGAUUUAAUUGAAAAGGCAGUUUUAGAUGCUGACAAGAAAGGAGUUAAAGUUCUAAGUUUAGGACUUCUAAAUCAGGCAAAAGAGGUCAAUGGAGGUGGUGAACUCUAUAUACAGAAGUAUCCAGAAUGGAAAGUAAGAAUUGUGGAUGGAAGUAGCUUAGCAGCUGCAGUGGUUCUUAAUAGUGUUCCUGCAGGAACAAAACACAUUCUCCUUACUGGAAAUGUUUCUAAGGUAGCCUGUGCAAUAGCCUUCACAUUAUGCAAGAGAGGCAUUCAGGUGAUGAUGACAAAAAGGCAGGAGUUCGAUAUGCUGAAGUCACAAAUGCCAGAAAGUACAGCGAGUUAUCUGACACUUUCAAACACUUACAGUCCUCAGUUUGUGAUGUUGAUAAUAUUGUAUAAGUAUGGAUUUUAA